AUAACUUCUAUUUAUAGCAAUUCACGAAGAUGAGAGGAAAAUCAUGCAUGCACAAAAAUAGAACGUAUUUGCUGUGAUCAAACGACAUUUAUAACCUGAACUGAGUUUUGCAAAACUAACUAAUUAAUCUCGUGAAAGACAUACAUCGACGUUAACAAGACAUAAGAUGAUCGGCAAAGACGGCGACAGUAGUUUGCCACUACCAGCAGAAAAACUGCCAGAAUGUUGGAACCAAGAAGAGAGGAUGAGCGCAAUGUUUUCACCGUUUCGUAGUAAAUCUGCAAAUCCGCAAGAUUGGAUUUCUAAGUACAAAUUUUGGAAUAAUUUAAUAUAUGAAUGGUUAAAACACACUAUGCAAUGCAGCUUUACUAUUGUUGAUUUAAAUGAAGCAUUCAAGAGAAAGGGCUGUGCACCACUUUGUCUAAUUACAGUAAUCGAAGAGCUUCUAAGAAAUAAUGAGAUAAUUCAAGAGACUGACUUUUUUAAAGAACCAUGUGAAACAUGGACAGCAUGGUCUAUCAACAUAUUUGUAAAGAAACCAAUUAGUUGGUCAUUUUCUAAGGUAAAAAGUUAUAUUGUGGGCCAAAAGAUAAAUAACAUUGAAGUAAGAUAUGUACAUCUACGAAUUAUGCACGAAUUAUGUGAUGUUAUUCUCUCCAUUGCUGAAGUUAAAAAAGAUAUUGUCUUGUUUUCAAUAUCAGAAAUAGUAGAAUAUUGUAAGAGCAAAACAAAGAAACCAAUUACAGAGGAUACAGUGAGAAUAGCAUUGGAAUGGUUAAGACAAAGUAGAAAAGUGGCUUUCAGAAAGAACUCCAAUCCAAAUAGCGAAUUAUUAGUCAAAAUCUCUGUGCAAACAGCAAAUGAAAUUACAGAGAUAGAAGAGGGCAUGUAUAAAUUGACAAAACAGGAGAAUGAGCUGAUUAAGGAAAUAGAGCUUAUGGAGCAGGAGAAGCUUAACAUUAUCAACGAAGCGAAAUUGUACUUGGGAAGAGAAUUACGUCAAAUGGCGAAGACACGGUUGAGGAGAAAGAUGGAAUUAGAAAAGUCCAUAGACAAACGUGCACAGGCGCUUACAAAUCUACGCGUUCUCAUCACCAACAUUAAAGAUGCGCAAUCUAAUUCUGCUAUAUUAUCCGCUUAUAAAACUGGAUCCGAUGUAUUGAAAAAGAUGGGACAGAACGGUCUAAACAGAAUAUGGUGUUAGAGAUGUAUGGAUGACAUU